ACGUCCGAUAUCCGAUGUCGUUCGUCGACAGACGUCCGCGCCAGCGCGAGCAGGAUCUGAAUUCUGAACUCGCGUUUACAAGGAUCGCGCGCGAUAAGAACAUAACCGCGAAACUUGUAUCUCGUCAGUGUGUAUCCUUUGAUUAAUCGCGAUACGAACUCUCGAUAACUCAGAGCGAGAGAAUAAGUGAUAAUAUGGAUGCAUUAGAGAGAAUGUUAGUAUUUCCAUUUCAGAAUUACAUAAUAUAUAGGCAUGAGUCACGAAUUGUCAUAGGGCGAACAGUAGGUCGGAUGUGGGGGGAUGAGGAGAGGGUAAGAGAAGAGGGGGGACGUGUGCCAAACGUCAAAGUCAUACAGCACUAUAUCCCAUCUUCUCCUGGACUCCUCGUCCUCAUCUCUUCUUCUCGUUAUACGACAAAUAAAUACAAAACAGCCGAUCUGUGUUUUCUUCCCGGGCGUGCCAAUCAUCGCAUUGUUCGAUCGCAUCUGUAUUAAUCAGUAAUCGAAAUAUUAGUAAUAUUUUGCAGAAAAUUUCAAGAAGUUAUUUAAAAUGAAUAGAGGAUAUUCCAGUUGAAUGUUUUCGAAAUAUCAUUGUGAACAAUGAUAGAAUCAAAUCUUAUCACAUCUAUGGAUGACAUUUUGUAGCUGUUGAAACAUUUCAAAUCUUUUUAUAUUCAAUUCAGCAAUCGCCUAUUUGCAUUUGAGCAUUAAGAAAUGCCAGCACCCCCCCCGCCUCUUUCAAACUUGCCAGAAGCACCUAUGUGUGAAAAGACAGAAGUCAACGAUACCGAAUCUCUCCCUCCUUGGGCUAAAAUCACACUCACAUCCGCAGAAGCUGAAAUCGAAAAGCUGAUUUCUCGAAAUGAGUUGAAAGAUGCAGAGGUAACUUACUUCUGCCAAGUAGAACCAAUUCUUCAAGAUGGACCACAAUGUGGUUUGGUAGCACUUGCAAUGGCAUCGCAAGAAUAUACAAAACCAGUUUCUGUGAGCCAGCUCCUUGCCGAAGCUCGUGUUCGAGGAUUCACACAACACGGAGAAGUUUACAGUGUCGAUUUUAUGGGAACUUUGGCUGCAGAAUAUCUGCCCGAUCACAGACCAGAUAUUUUAAUAGAUUUACAACAAUGCCCAGAUACGUUAACUCAUGCUUUGGCGCAUGGAGCGAUGGUGCUGAUUCCAUACGAUUCAGACUUUAAUCACGCUCCGUGUUUAAAGAGGGGCCAUAAAGCGCAUUGGGCGUUACUUGUGGGACUAAUCUCUUCUAGACAAGGAUAUCACGUUCUGGCGCGUCAUGGUAAGUCACGUCACCUAGCUUGUUGGCCUUUACGCGAUUUGAUCGAGAGUAAUGGCAAUUUAGAGGAAGAAGGUACGGCGAGACACGCAGGAGGAUAUGUUAUACCAAAGGGUGGUGUCGGAGGCCAAAAAGGAUUACGCGGCAGAGCACUGGCAUUACAUCCAUACAUAUAGUUUCGUUAUGUCAAAGAAAAUUGUAGGUAAUUGAUAUAUCGUGCUAAAAAAAAAGAUAAAAUUUACCGAACAUUAUUCCGUAUUCGCAUGUGGUAAAGAUUUCGAAACAUAAUAUUUACGUAUGUACACACAUAUAGCUUCUGCAAGAAUCAACUAAUAAUUAUGUGUAAUACGCGAUGCUUUAAUUAAUAUGUACAUUUGAAUUCGCGCGAAAUAUUUCACGCAAUGUUAGUCACGUUAUCUACCAAAAAAAAGCGUUUAGCAUCGAAAAUGCGAUUCUAUAAGUGGCAUUAUUUUCACUUUAUUCGAAUUAUAUAUGAUGUAAAUAAGAAUUCCGGCAGGCCGAAAUAUGUGCACACAAUCAAAUCGUACGGAUCGUCAUGAUAUAGUAUUAUGUCCCUAUUAAAUCGAAAUACAGAAGUGUACGCAUAUAUGGUAAGGCAGGUGAGACACGUAAAGAUGUUCACAUAACUAAAUAUAUACAUAUAUGUAUUAGUAAGAGCCAUUGUCGAAAAUCGUGAUUCAGGUGAGAAGAUCUAAGUAUAUUUCUUUAAAUAGUACGAGUAGAGAUUUUCGAUAAUGAUUGUGAUUUCCGUCUUAUGUUGGUGCAAUAAAUAAAGAGUAAAUCUAUUAUAUACAUAACAAUUUUGCAGCUGCGUUUCAAGUGAUAAUUUAAUACUGGCAUGUUAUAUAUGGCGAUUGGUUUUAUUAACAUAUAUUUUGUAUUUGUAGCUAGUAAAGAUACAAAAAAACAUCACAAAAAAUUAUACAUACAUA